GCAACUAUACUGUAGCCCUGGAAGUAAAAAAAGAGUUGUUUUGCAAUUUUUAUCUCAGCAAAAAAGCGAAAAACUUGAGAAUGAAUUCGGAUAAUCAUAAUUUUAUACCUCCAAAAGCUCCACACCCAUCAGAUUUUGUCGCAAAGCGUCCAAGGGGACGUCCGCCACUUUCCACCUCUAAAAAGGCAAUAAGGAGUGAUUCGGAUUUUCUUUUUCGAACUCCCGAAGCUGGAAGCCAAUCUGAUAAUUCUAAUGGUCAAGUUAUAAAGAGACCAAGGGGACGUCCACCACUCAACAACUCUAAAAAGGCAAUAAAGACUGAUUCGGAUAAUUCCAUGUAUCGAACUCCUGAAGCGCGGCAAUGGGAUAAUUCGAAUUUCAGAACACCAAUACCAACUGAUCGAGAAAGGGAACGUUCCCAACUUUCCACCUCUGAAAAGGAUACUUUCAUAUUUCGAACCCCCGAUGCUCGUCAAACUUUAAGCCCAACACAUCAAGUGGCGAAGCGACCAAGGGGACGUCCCCCACUUUCCUCCUAUAAAAAGCCAAUAACAAGUGAUUCGGAUUAUAUUUUUAAAACCCCUGUAGCUAAAAGCCAAUCGGAUAAUUUCCACACUCCAAAGCGACAAUGGGAAAGCCCACGACCUUACGACUCAAACAGGGGAUUGAACAGUGAUUCGGGUAAUUACUAUGUUGGUACCCCAACCACACCGCAUUCAAUUUACCAGUUAGCUAAGCGGCCUAAGGGUUAUCCGGCGUUGUCUGACUCCGAAAAGCAAAGAACGUAUGAUUCGGAUAAUUUCUUUUUUCGAGCCCCCAGUGCACAAAGUCCAUCUUGUCAUGUGGCCAAAAGACCAAGGGGACGCCCUGCCCUAACCGACUCCAUCAAGGCCAUGCGGACCUAUAAUGCCAGCGGAGAGCGGCGCCGGGGACGACCCAUGAAGCCAAACAAUCUGAGAAUCCUACAAUCUAUGAGUAAGGGAAACUUCGACUUUCUGGGGCCCGUGACUCAAAAUAAUGGAUUUAAAAGAGGACUCACAAUUAAGGAGAUCAUUUGUGCAUUCAAUAGAGGUGAGGAUUUGCUAUUUCUGGUCAAGUUCAAGAGAUGUACGGAGUUGGAAGUCGUAAGCAAUGAAGAGCUAAAAAACAAGGCACCAAAUGUCCUUAUAAAGUAUUACGAAGAACAUGUGGACAUGGAUCCGGACACCGACUCGGAUACCUUGACCGAGUAAUCCCAUAUGUGUACGAGUACACUUCUUUUUUUUUGUGAGUCUUAUGCAACUGCCACAGAAACACGCAUGCCACUGGAACACACAACCCGUGCCCGCCGAGAAGAAGACGAGCAAUAAAAUGUUUACGUGUCUAAAUUUUAAUAUUGUAUACGGAGGAGGGUGUUUGUAUUUCACAUCCACAUGCCACAUUCAUUCAUUCCCCUGCAUUUGUUUGCCAGUCCCUGUUUAUUUGACUUGCUACUUAUUUAUUACGCAGCAUAAUGAAAUUUCACGUAAUCCUCAUUAAAGCCGGAACAAAGGCGGCACCACGACGUGGUUCGUGUGGGAUGUGGAAUGUUGUGCGAGUUAUUUCGAGUUGGUCCGGGCCAAACAACUUGAGGAUUCAUAGCUCUGGCCCAGACAAUGUACAUUGAGGUGGUUCUGGUUAGAGAAUUUUUUUAACCAGCCUCUUAAAAACUGGACUCACAUUAAUACAUGCAUUAAUACAUGCAGUACACAACAUUUACCCUUAAAGGAUCUCGCUACAAUUUAAGCAAAUAUGCUUCAAAAUUAUUUGUAAAAGCUUAUUACUCAAUUACUUUUUGUUUGUUUGAAAAUUAUAAUAAACAAAUUUUUUUUUCGAUUUUUUAGAUUAAGUUAAUAUAAGAAGGUGAUGUGAUACGAACAAUAAAACCAAUUCUAGUCCUAA